UUGCUUCGUCUAGGUACUCCCUUGUUGCCGUUCCAGCAUCCUUCCUCCCCACGUCACGCAGCGCAGCGCAGCGCCGCCGUGCCCGUGCCGGCGGCGUCUGCUUGCUGCAUCUCAGUAGUGAGCUCCCCCCGACCGCCUUCUCGCCGGCAAUGCCAGCCUCUCCGUCCCCGCUCACUCGCUGCUUCUAUGCUCCACGCCACGCGGAGGCGGACACCGCCGCUCUCUUCCAGACUCGCCACCGCCUUCUUCGCCGCCAAGCCCCAGCCGCCGCCUCUCUCUCCUCGGCUCGUUGACGCAGCCGUCUCCCGCUGCCCCUCCGACGCGCUCGCCCUCUCCUUCUUCCUCUGGUGCGCCCGCCGCCCCGCCUAUUUCCACCCGCCCUCCUCCUUCGACCGCGUCCUCCCCGCCGCCACACGCCUUGCCUCCCGCCUCCCCGCCGCACCCGAGCUCCUGUGCGAGCUCCAAAACCUCGGCUGCCCCAUCAGCCCCCACACUUUCCUGCUCUUGCUCAGGCUCUACUGGCGCGGGGGCCUAUACCCGCUCGUCCUCAACCUGUUCGACCAAAUGCCUCUCUGGGGCUUCCACCACAACAUCUUCGCGCGCAACAUCGCCCUCGACGUUCUGCUCAGGACAGGCCGCGUCGACGCCGCGCUGAUCUUCAUGCAGGACAACCCAUCGCCCAACUACCUCACCUAUGCAAUUGUCCUGACUCAUCUUUGCAGAGCUGGGGAUUGGUCAGGGGUGCGCACCUGUUUCAGGGCUAUGCUGCAGCAAGGGUUGAUCCCCAGCUCUGCUUCUCUUGCCUCGGUUUUUGCCUGUUGCAGUAAGGCUGGCACCAUGUCCGAGCUGCUACAGUUGUUCUCUUAUGCGCUUGUCUCGGGCCGGCAGAUCACUUCAGUCAUGUGGUCGUGUCUGAUCGCUCGCAUCUGCAGCGAGGGAAGGCUAGAUGAGGCCUGUAUAAUUCUGGAAAACAUGGUACGUUGUGGCUCUUCUCCCACGGUGGUGACUUACACACCGCUUGUCAGAGGUCUCUUCCGAGCUGGGAGGCAUGACAAGGUCAGCGAGCUUUUAGGAUCAAUGGCUUCCAAUGGUUGCAACCCAGACCUUGUUCUAUAUAAUGUUCUGAUGGACUGCAUGAUGAAGGAGAGGAGAUAUGAUGAGGCACUAGAUAUUUACCUAAAUCUUCACCAGAGCCAGAUAAAGCCGGAUGCAUACACUUUAUCUACUUUAGUACAUGUAUUGCAGUUGUCACAUAACAUAGAUCUUCUUCCUAGGUUAAUUCUGGGCUCGGAUAUCUCUUAUGAUCUUGUGGCUUGCAAUUCUGUGCUGAGUGCUCUGUGCAAGUCAGGGUUUCCAUCCGAAGCCCUUCAGUUCUACAUUGAUAAGAUCGGGUUGGGCAUCAGGCCAGACAGCUACAGUUAUGUUGGAUUAUUGGAUAGUUUGUGUCAGUUGGGAAGGAUAGAUCAUGCAAUCAAUGUCUACCGCAGUGUUCUCGCAAGCAAUCCUGAUUCAGAUGCCUACAUUCAUUCAUCAAUCCUCCGUGGCCUUGUUUCAAGGCGGCAAAACAACAUGGCAUUCGCGAUUUUCAGGGAGGCUGUGCGUCAAAAUUAUGCCCUUGAUGUUGUGUGCUACACCAUUGUUUUGCAUGGUCUAUUCCGAGCCCAUUUGAUUGAAGAGGCUUGUGAUUUGUUUGACAAGAUGAAGCAUUCAGGAAUCGCGCCCAACACUUGUACAUACAAUGUAAUGCUUCGUGGACUUUGCAGAACCCAAGAUAUGCAUGCAGUCACACAGUUACUUGGAGAAAUGGAAUGUACCAACGUUCAGAUGGAUAGUAUCUCAUUCAACGUGGUAGUUGUGCUCUUAGUUAAGUUGCAGCAUAUCAGUUCAGCAAUAGGUUUGAUCAGAGAAAUGCACAAUCUAGGCAUGAAACUUAACACCAAAACAUGCAGGUUACUUUCACAGUCAAUUGGUCAUAGAUUCAAUUUGGAGGAUAUGACCAUUGCUGAAAGUGACGGGUCUGACUCAACUAGUGAUCUGCUUGUAUGCUCAGCUUCAUAAUCAAUUUUUAGACUGAACAAACAUGGUGCUUCUGGUAUCUUCACUUUGGUGCUGCAUAAUUGCAUCAAAAUACAAACUACUAAUGGCUGGAGAAAUCGUUAAUGUUUUUAUACCAUCCACAGGUCGGUGGGCCCUCAGCCACAGAGGCACUGGUGCACUUUGAUUUAGCACAGAGAAUGAAGCAGUGUGGUCUUGCCAAUAUUGGAUCUUUCCAUGAUACAAUGGUGAUGCUCUCUAUCUCAAGAGGCUUACACCUUAAAUGCUUUUGCCACAUGGUCUAUGGACUAGAUUGGGAGAAACUGCAAUCUGUGGAACUUGGCUCACAGGGUGCUAUUUAGGCCUGCUGCAGAGCCGAAUGUUGUACUGUUGUCUUCAGCAAUUUAGUAUGUGAAUCCAACAAGAGCAUCGAAGUUUGAACAUUAAUUGGGUCAAGGGAAAGAGAACGACCCUC